ACAUGGGACGUGGUGAAACCCUCCAUCCCGACCUGCUCACUGAGAGCAAAACACUGGACUGGAUCACAGCUUUACUUUUUGUUUCAAUCAUUGUGUUGUGCUUUUUCUUCUUUUAAGUGUCGGUACCGGAAAGAAACCAUACGAUACCCAUCCCCAGGUCACCUCACAACCUGCUUAACGUCAUCACUCACCAAAACGGGUCCGUUCAUAUGUGGAAGUCUCCUUUCUCACUGUGAGAUUUAACACGAGUCUGUUGGGUCAGAACCGUGAGUCCACGGAUCAUUGCGACCGGGAUCAGUCACGUAGAAGUGCACUCAAUCAGCCGCUGAUCACUCAAUCAUCGAUAUUAUAUAUAUUAUACACACAUCUGCAUGUAUUUAUGUUUAAAACCCGAACGCUGUUGCCUUGCACUGCGCAUGCGCGCCGCGUUAUCCCGUCGUCAGGGAGACGGUUUGUUGUUUGUGACCCACGAGAAGCUUGAACACAGCUGGAAACAGCGGAACCACAUCAUGGCGAGAUCAGAGUGUGAUGUCAUCAACUUCUCAGCGCUGGAGAGAGAGCUGCAGGGGGCGGUCGAGUCCGAGCGACGACAUGAGAGAGAGAACGACGCCAAGCUGAGAGCCAUCAGCCAGAGAGGCUCCUCUUACAGCCAGUUCAGAGACCUGGUGCUCACAUGCCACCUGAAGCCUCUGGAGAAGAAGGACAAAGAUGGAGCUCCACGCAAACAGCCCUGGAACCCGGUUGCCCCGAGCAACGAGCCACGGACUUAAUUCUACUGUGAUUGUGAUAGAGCGUCUUUCUGUGAUUCUUCAUUAAUAUGCACUAAUAUUCAUUAAUAGACUUGUGAUAAAAUAUUUAUAACAAGGAGUUUGGGUGGAGGAAUGUUGGUAUGUAGUAACAGCACAUGUGUUAUUAACAUGUGUUAUUACCAGCACCAUUAUCACAGAGCGUGUCUCCUUUGAUGUGUUGAUUAUAAACUUUAAUAAACAUAAAUGAACCAAC